CAGUCGCCUCCGCCACGCCGCGCCGACCUGACGUCCGUCCCACCGGCCGCCCGCCCGCCUGCCUGCCGCCCUGCUUCGCGUCCACGGGGAGCCGCACCGCGCCGCCGGGCCGCGUCCACGGUCGGGCUGGAUAAAGCUGGGGCUGGAGCCGCGAGAGCCGCCCGUCCCCGCCGCCGCCACCCGCGGCCCCGAGCUUGGUCGGAGCCGACCCGGGCUGCACGCCUGACACUUGUUGUUGUUCCGGCCGAGGCGCGAGCUGCGCGAGGUAGGCGUGGUCCGGUCCGCGGAGGGAACCGCGACCCCGCGGGGCCGGCGGCCAGCGCGCCCGCGAGUGUGAGAGAGUGCGUGGUGAUCUCGCAGUCGAGUGUCCCCGACUAGAGGAGUGGCACACAGUGUUCGCCUUGCGCCGUUCCAUCAUACCUUUGCCCAGAGGUCGCGGCGGGCAUUUCAAGUGCCGCGCGCGCGUGUGUGCGUGUGAGUGUGUGUGUGUGUAAUCGCCAGUACGUGCACUGUGGAUAACAGCUGCUGAUUUGGAUUCUCCACCGUCGUCCACGCACACCUGGAUGCUGUCACACUGGAGAUGCCCUGGCUGAGUGCCGGCUGAGGGGCUGCGGGCCCCCCGAGCUCGUGAGCGCGCGAUGCCAUGGCCGGCCCCCAGUCCAAGCCCACCACCCAGGGCGCUGCCGCCGCUGCCCAGGGCACCGCCCUCUACUCCACGGGGGUGGCCUGCCUCGGCUUCGUCUGCUUCGCCGUCGGGGCCACGGCCGUAGGACUUCCCCUCUGGGGCUACUUCGACAAUGAUGGAGGAUUCGCCACGGAGCGGGGCUACUUCGGUCCUUGGACGGUGUGCCGGCAGCUGCAGUACGAGCGGGAGCGGUGUGGACGAAAUGUGUCGAGGUUCCAGCCAAACGGGGCGGUAUGGGCCUCCGGGCUGGUGGCGGUGCUCGGCGUGGUCCUGCUCGCCCUGUUCUGCUUCCUGUCUGUGCUGCAGCUCGCCAUGGUGUCCUCCAAGGACCGCGUGCUGCUCAAGUACAGCGUGGCCGUCAUCACCAAGCUCGUCCUCGCACUCGUCGCAACCAUCCUGGCUAUUGUCGCGGCGAGCCUGUUCGCGGUGCAGACGGACGGGGCGGGCAGCGGGUUCCGCGUCAGUCGCGGCGAGGCGUUCUACGUGCAGAUCAUCCUGAUCGCCUUGGACUUCCUGCUGUUCGUCAUGUCGCUGUACGACGUCAUCUUCUCCAGGAGGCUGGGCGGCGACCCGACCAUGUCGACCCGCGACCCGCGUGGUGACCACGCCACCACGUUCAACAACCCCGGGUUCCAGGAGAGGGCCAACGGUGGCGGCAUCUCCGUGACGGACGCGAGCGGCAAGCCGUACGCGCGCGGUCACACCAACGGCAGCAUGUCGUCGGUCAUCACGAGCAACACGACGCUGUCGUCCAACGGCGGCGGCUCCUCGGUGGCCUCCAUCCCCUCGGUGACGCGGAGCCCCCUGAGGUCCUCGCUGAAGAAGCCGCGGCCGCGGCCCGCGGAGGGCGACGGCAUGGGCAUCCAGAACCCUGGCUUCAGCGGCACCAGCCCCACCCUCAACCGCAACGGCAGCGUCAAGAAGGUCCGCAUCCAGACCCACAGCACCGCGGUGUAGGGAAGCCCGCGACCGCUCGGCGGCGAAAAUUGUGUAGUUGAACAGACCACAUCGGGGAUUUUUAGGAUGCUGCCAAAAGACAGUCUGAGUUUUGGGGCAAAACAAGUGGAGCACCAGUUGUAAUAAGUGUUGUUGGUAUUUUGUGCAGUAUUCUUUGUUAGGGAAGUUGUGUUGUUAGACUGCCUCCGAGUGUGAACCAGGAAUAGGAUUUCUCAUUCAAUUACCGUAGUAACAAUCAACAGCACUUGUCUGGCUUUCCGAUUGCAAAAUGGUUGAGUGACCACAGGCGUUGGUGGCUGUGAAUAAAUAAGCAUGAGGUUCAUCUGAUUAAGUGAGAGAAUUUCUACCUGCUUUCACCAGAAUAGAAUUUUACAGUAGAAUUGGAGUGUUCUUAUUUUUAUUUUUUUCCAUAUUUGUUGAUCUGUGAACGAACCCAUUGGUUUGUGUUUAAACAAUUUUUGCAUUUAUAACAUUCGCCCUCCCCCUAUUUUCCCCUCCCCCCCUUUUUUUGUCGUUGUUGUGCUUCUUAUGAUUCAUUAGUUUGGUAUUCUAGGUAUUAGUCUUCUUAGAUUGAUGCUGUUGGUAGAUCGAUAUUAGAAUUUUAAAUUGACAGUAACCAUAAUCAUUUUAAAUACUCAAUCAGACAGUUCUCUAAAAUGUCCCAAAACUUGUUCAUAAAUUUUUGUUCUGAGUAUUAAAAAUCAAAACACUCAGUCAAACAUCUGUUGACAAUAAUUAUUCAAAGAUUGAUAAGAAGCAUUUGGUAACAUUUCUAGGUAGGGGAAGGCAUGGCCAUUGCAGUAAAACUUUUAUCUCACCCUAUUUCCAAUGUAUUAUUUACAAUUUUUCAUGUAUAUUUUUAUAAGAUUUUGUUUAGGAAAUUGUGAGAUAUUAAUGUUGAUGUACAGUAUUGUAAACUAUAGUUAAAGUUGUUACUGCAAAAUAAUAUUUGAACUUUUCUGAAAAUAUUAAUGCAGACAGUAAUUCAUAGAAUUAACUCCACAGUGAAUAUUCCAUAACUAGAUUGUUCGCCAAAGAAAGUAAGGAAGUGUCAGACUAUAGUUAGACACCUUUUCGGUUAUGAUGCUGCCCUGGCAAAAAAAUUAAGAGACAAAGUGGCAAUUAAGGGGCAAGUAAGUGGCACCAAAGUGUCAAAGAGCCCAGGUGGCAUUUAAGUGUCAUACAAAUGGCAAUGAAGGUUCUAUUUUAGAAGUGGCACUGAGGAUACUUUAGAGUGGUGCCCAAGGAGGAAUGAAGCGGUGAAUAUUAAGCGGCACUAGAGUGGCACAGAAGGGCCCACCAAGGGGUGAAGAAGUGCACAUUUAAAGCUGUAUUUUAAGUGGCAUUAAAGUGACACUUGAGUAGAAAGUUAGCUCUCACUGAUGAAUCACCAUGCUAACAGAGCCAUAGUCUGGAUGCUAUGCCAAGACAAUUGCCUGUUUCGGAGGCAAUGAGUGUACACACUUGUCAUUUUUGGAAAGUAAGGUUUACGAGCCCCUGCUGGGGACUUGUGGAACUUACACAACCGCAGUCUCAACAUUGUGUACAAUUUCAACAGCUGUGCCACUUUAGAUCCUGAAUGCCACUUCCUUGCCACCUGCUUACCACUUGCUUACCACUUCAAUGUACUCUAAAGCGACACAAUCCACUUAACUGCCACUUUACUAAGUGGCAGCUAAGGGGCAGAGCUGCCACUUAUUUGCCCCUUAACUGCCACUCUGCUCCUUAAUUUUUUUUCCAGGGUGAAUGUGUGCAUAUGAAGUCAAUUUGAGUGAGACCACACUAUGAGAUAGUAAUGCCAUAUAUUUUUCUUGAGACGAAGUGUAGCCUGCAACACAGUUAGUGUGGUGUUUAGAAACUGAGCUAAUGUAGUAAACUGUUUAAAGACAGACGAUAAGGCUGUUGGGUCAGCAAAUCUUACCGCCCGCACAUCUUUGGAAAUAUUUUGUACCCAAUAGGCAUAGGGAUUUGCUUCACAUAUAAUGCGUUAUGUUAAUUAAUUGUGUACGUGAGACAGGUAGCUGCCGUUUCUACAGUAGUUUUUGCACUAAACGUUGGUCGUGGCGAAGUAAUCUGGAUGUACACUCAUCAAACUGUGAUCUGGCCUUGACUUUCAAUAGAUGAUCUGUUACCUCUUUCAUAUCUGAUGACCUUACUUUUCUGCGGUACUAUGGUUAAUACCGCAAGAUUUUAAUCCUCUGCGUUUUAAUGGAACAAUAUUAGAAAUAUUGUACUUGUGACCUCUUCCUUUAUGGUGAGACAAACUUCAGCUUUCCUGGCUGGAAGAAAAAAAAGGUUUUUGUAUAUUGUUUUUGUACAUGCCAUGUUUUGUUAUCUUGUUUUCAUAUUUUAUGAUUUUUUUUGGAAAAGUAUGGCAAAAGGAAUAACAUGUCUGGGUCCUCACUUGUUAGUAGCUCUGUUAUUUAUUUCCUUGUCCCUUCUUGCAUACUUUCUACUUUGUACUUGAGAGUGCAAAAAGUACCUGCAUUUUGAUCUGUUAAAUAAAGCUAUAAUAUUUAUGUU